AUGCCCUUUCCCGUGCUCCCACGGCGAGCGGCUUACAUAACACUCAAUGCCCCGCAACGUCGAAAUGCGCUCUCCCUGGCCGAGCUACGGUCAUUGAGGGACCAGAUUAUCAAGUACAACACCUCACCAACGACGGGGAGACCACUGUUUCUACCACCGUUUAAGCCUUCUGUUCUCGGCCAGCUGGAGCUUGCUCAAGCAAAAUCCAUCCAUGGUAGCAGCGCAGCUGCAAGUCCAAGUUCAGCCCCGACAGGGACAAGCCGAAGCCAGUACUACUCGCCAUUAGACAACACAACAGAGGAUUACACAUGGCUCGUUUCGGCACGAGCCUUCGCACGCGAGCGAGAAGGUCUUCCAUCAGUUUUGGUUCUUGCUUCUCAAGGGCCCGUUUUCUGCUCUGGACAUGACUUACGCGAGUUACGAAGCCUGUCUGAUGAUGAGGUUCGCGAGACGUUCCAGAUUUGCGCCGAGGUUAUGAAACUGAUUCGGCGCAGCCCGGCUCUGGUGGUUGGUCGUAUCUCCGGCCUGGCCAUCGCCGCUGGAUGUCAGCUUGCACUGACCACAGAUCUGCCAAUUGCCCAUGAAGCCGUCAAGUUUCGGUUGCCUGGUGCCACACUGGGGUUGCCGUGCUCGAGCCCCGCCACAGCGGUCAGUCGGCGACUAGGUAACUCACGGGCUUUCCGGAUGCUAGCCACCGCCGAAGACAUAACGGCCGAUGAGUUGCAGGAUGUGGUCCGUGUGGUUCGUGGCGGAGACGGGCCGGAGGAGCAAACAGCUGUCCUGGACCAGGAGGUGGCCCGGACGGUAGAACGGUUGACCAAUAUGUCUGCGCAACAGAGUGCCAUGGGGAAAUGGGCCUUCUGGACACAGGUUGGCUUGACUGGGCGAGAUUACGUAGGAGCAGACGGCGCUGUGGUUGAAGGAAAUGGUGGAGAUGGUUACCAAGAUGCCGUUGAGUGGGCUGGACGGGUUAUGGCUCUUCAUGCGAAGAGCGAGGAUGCCAAGGAAGGCAUGGACGCCUUUCUAGAAAAGCGACAGGCUGUGUGGCAUGGAUCAUGA